UAAAUUGGUAAAACCAUCAACUUCACCUUGUCCCAAACUUAGAGAAGAAACCCUUGAACCCCUCCUCCAAUGUAAAACCUCUUUGAAAUUAAACCCACAAACACAAAGAGACAAACCUUUCACUAUACCAAUUUUCACUUACUCUAACAAGUAACACCAAUUCUCUUAACUUGUACUUCUUGCAUUUCUUCUUGAAAUCAACCACACAUAUACACACAUACAUGAUACAUCCCAUUAUAUCCUUCAAUUCCUCCCUCAAUUAUUUAUACACCCCACACUCCCCUUCUCAAUUUCUCAUCCCUAAAUUAUUAUUCCAUCCUUAACAAAAUAAUAACACCUCCCUUUUUCUCCUUUAAAAAAAAAAAAAAAAAACACCAACAACCCUAAAAAGAACAACAUGGAUCAUUCAAUCUCUCAUCACACAUCAAACAAUAAUAACAACUCAACAUCAUUCUUCCUUUCAUCAUCUUCUUCACCUACUAAUACUAACACUACUUCUACUAAUCCUACUAUCACCAUUUGUUCAUCUUCCUCGAUCUCUACAUCACUAACUAUUCCUACCACUCCACCACCACCAAGUAGUAGCCGAUACGAGAACCAAAAACGGAGAGACUGGACCACCUUCGGACAAUACCUAAAGAACCACCGGCCCCCUCUCGCGCUCAACAGAUGUAGCGGGGCCCACGUAUUGGAGUUUCUACGCUACCUUGAUCAGUUCGGAAAAACUAAGGUGCAUAAUCACAUGUGUCCGUUUUACGGUCACCCUAACCCACCUGCCCCCUGCCCGUGCCCGCUCCGUCAAGCGUGGGGAUCGCUUGACGCUUUGAUCGGACGGCUCAGAGCUGCUUACGAAGAAAACGGGGGUAAGCCCGAAAUGAACCCGUUUGGGGCCCGUGCUGUACGGCUCUACUUGAGGGAAGUUAGGGAUUCUCAAUCUAAGGCGAGAGGUAUUAGUUACGAAAAGAAGAAGCGUAAGCGGGUCACACAGAAGAAUAAUAACGAAUCAAUAUCGAUGAUGGUUGCGCCGCCACUGGCUCAGCAGCCAUUGCCACCACCAGCUGGUGCUGGUUGAUAUUAUGUUUUCUAGGGUUACUACUAGCAGUAUCAUCUUAUGGUCAAUGUUAUUGCCUUCUUAGGGAAAACUUAUUGAAUUUGUGUGUUACUCUUAUCUAUCUCAGGACAAAUUAAAUUAGUGUAUGAUGAUAUAUUAAUUGAAUAAAAUUAAUUAAGUGGCUUUAAAUAUAAAUGAAUUAAUUUAGUCGAGUUGAGUGAUUAUAAGUAAUUAAUAAAGUCAAUGCAAUUUGUAGGCUGGUCAGCUGGUGCGAGUUCAAUAAGUAGUUUUAUAAUGUUAUUUCUUAUUAAUAAUGAUUUAUUUUGAGAUAGUUUCGUAUGGAAAAAUUUGUGAUAUGGUUUUGUAUUUGUGGUGUAGAUGACUAGAUUCAUGGUAUAUAUCUAAUUGAAAUUAACAAAGGGAAAAUGUGCACGAGCUUUGAAAUUCCCAAGUUAAAGUUGUGGUUGAUUAUGUAUUUAGUAGUUAAUCUAAUAUAUGUUACAAGUAAGAUUAGAAGAAUCUUAUUAGUACGUAUGUACUAGUACUAAAUUGAGCAUGUUUUUUUUAUUCAUUAGUUAAAUGCAACUGUUGUUUAACUGCAUUUAGUACUGCUUAAUAUGUUAAAGAUAUACAGAAAUUGUUAUGAGUUUGACUACUGUUGUAUACUGCUUAAAGUAGAAGCUAAUAAGCUUUGAUAUCUUUGACCAAAAAAUGAAGAUAAAAAACAGUUUAGACUGAGAAACAAGAGAAUGACAAAACAAAAAGAAUAUGUUAUUCCUAAAUUUCCCAGAAAAUAGUGAUUUCCAUUACUUUAAUUAGGGGUAGAGAUACAUCAGUGUUUGAUUUAAAUGCUUGUUAUUAUUAUAGAGUUCCUAGUUGAAUUUAGGACAUACAUAUUUUUAUAUAAAUUCUAGUAUGUAUAUAUGGUGAUGAAGAUCAAAUGAAUUUAAAUAAGUGCAAUAUAAGGGCUUGUUCUCUUCAGCUUAAUUUUAGCUUAGCUUAAUUUCAGUUCAGUUCAAUUCAGCUCAGCUUAGCUUACUUCAGAUUAGUUUCAGUUCCUAAUUUCCUUCUCUCAUGAACAGUAUAGUCAGCUCAGUUCAGUUCAGUUCAGCUCAUUAAAUCACAAUAGACCCUAAGUUCACAUAAAUCUAGAUUAAUACAACAAACCCUAAAACUUAAAUGCUAUAAAUAUUACUGACCAUGCAUAAUAGAUUUAUAGUAUUAUGCUCAUUACACUAUAGUCUAUAAUUAACUAGCAUCUUUUUAUUUUAUUAAUAAAAU